GCUAUCUUGGCUUUGACCAACUUACCCUUACGCUCUCCUUCCCCUCCUUCUUCAGACCCCCAACAAGAACCUGACCUCGAUAUCAUUUCGAUACCCUGGCAAAUGUAGUUAAUCACAGUAGUCGAAACUAUGGAUGGUAGGUACGCUCUCUCAUGAUCCAUCGACCGUUAUCUGGAACUUUACAUUGAUACACCCCUCUGUACUUCCCCAAAUCUCCAAGCGUGCUCUCACCGCACGUUUUCUAGACCCAGACCUCAAUCUUCGACCAAGACCCAAAAACUCCGUUCAACUAACACUGAGCCAAAUUUACAAGAAAGAAAAUCAAACGCAAUUCGUAUCUAGCUUCGUUCAAAGGUGGCUAUAGAAUUCGAACUGAAGAAGGAAAAUACAGGAUUAGAGUCCAAAAGGAUACCUGGA